AUGACGCUCUGCCGCGGGGCUCACAACAACGUUCACUUGGUAACCGAUAAUUUAAUCCUGGCUUGGCGAGACAAGCCGGAUUAUCUACAUGGGCUGAUGUCGAAAUCAAUUCUAUUGCAGUCACUCAAGACUAAUCACAUCGUGAAUAUGGACUCAAUCCGAUUCGGAGACGUCCUGCGCAACGAGCGGAUCCUUACACCCUCGUUAAUAUCACUACGUAGCUUUAAUACUCGCACAUUUAAAAGUUUACGAGACUGGAAGAAAGACCUAGAACGAAUCCCGGCUGUUGUAAGUUUAAAUUUCAGAGUGAGCCCGAGUAGUACCGUUGGCAAGUGUCGCGCUCAGACUGAAAAAACUCAUCUGCCAUAUCAAUGCGCUAGUUUGCCGCUCAAUAUGCGGCAGAAAAGUACUUAG